UUCGAACGAGCAUCCAUGUUGGUGAUCCUGCUGAACUGUGUGACGCUGGGCAUGUUUCAUCCCUGUGAAGACAUCAACUGUGAUUCAGAACGGUGUAAGAUUCUACAGGACUUUGAUGACUUCAUCUUUGCAUUCUUUGCCAUUGAGAUGGUGAUCAAGAUGGUGGCCCUGGGGAUUUUUGGCAAGAAAUGUUACCUUGGAGACACGUGGAACCGCUUGGACUUUUUCAUAGUAUUGGCUGGGAUGUUGGAGUACUCACUCAACCUGCAAAAUGUCAGCUUUUCAGCAGUGAGAACGGUUCGCGUGCUGAGACCACUGAGAGCCAUCAACCGAGUGCCAAGUAUGCGCAUCCUGGUGACCCUGCUGCUCGACACCCUCCCCAUGCUGGGCAACGUGCUGUUGCUCUGCUUCUUUGUUUUCUUCAUAUUCGGCAUCGUUGGCGUCCAGCUGUGGGCUGGCCUGCUAAGAAACCGUUGCUUCGUCAUAGACAACUUCUCCUUCCCUCUAUCCGUGGAGCUUGGAAAAUACUACCACACUGAAAAUGAUGAUGAGAACCCCUUCAUCUGCUCAAUGCCACGUGAUAACGGCAUGAGGGACUGCGGCUCGAUUCCCAAGCUGUAUGAAGAGGGGGGCCUGCAGUGCAACCUGGAUAUCGACUCCUACAACACCACUGACAACACCACAUGUGUCAACUGGAACCAGUACUACACCAACUGCUCUGCUGGUACAAUCAACCCCUUCAAGGGAGCCAUCAACUUUGAUAACAUCUGCUAUGCAUGGAUUGCCAUCUUUCAGGUGAUUACUCUGGAGGGCUGGGUGGAUAUCAUGUACUUUGUGAUGGAUGCUCACUCCUUCUACAACUUCAUCUACUUCAUCCUACUCAUCAUUAUUGGCUCGUUCUUCAUGAUCAACCUGUGCCUGGUGGUCAUCGCUACCCAGUUCUCAGAGACCAAGCAGAGGGAGAGCCAGCUUAUGAAGGAGCAACGGGUGCGCUUCAUGUCCAACGCCAGCACUCUGGCCUCCCUUUCUGAGCCGGGCUCCUGCUAUGACGAGCUGUUAAAAUACCUGGUCCACAUCAUCCGAAAGGCAGCCAAGCAAGUGGCUCAUAUCUGCAGGUUCUUAGCUCGCCGUGCAGGGCUCAACAUCGCAGCUUCACCGCCACCUACAGAGCCCCAACGCAGCCAGAGGAGGCGGAGGAAGUCCUCCAGACAGGGCUCUGUGUCAGUUCACCACAUGCUGCCCCAUCAUCACCACCACCAUCAUCAUCACUACCAUCUAGGGAAUGGCAGUGUGAGAGAUGGUGGGAGCAUCAGGGGUCUGGAGGAGAGGGAUGUUGGGGCUCAUAGCAAUAAUGGAGGGACUCUCAGAGCAAGCCCUGGGAGUGGAUAUCCUGCUUUGGCACUGCCGUCUUCUAUAACAACAUCAACCUCAGACACAAACCUUGUCAUUUCAUCCAACCCUGUUGCCAGAGCUUCUAGUUCAACUUCAUUUUGCAAUGUACUCAAUGAAGAAGCUCUUCGCUGUACUCCUAUUCCCACUCCAGUCCCCUUCCUGGCUCCAGCUCCUAUGUCCAGGGCCAUGAAGAGAAACUCUGUGCCCUUUGCCGCUCCCGGGCCUAAGAACUACCCCACCCUCCAGGCUCGAGCCUUGGCAGAGUCCAGACGAGGAAGCAUUGCAGCCAGCACUCUAACAAAUAUCAGUUUGAACCUCAAUAUCCCACCCAUGCCUUUGGAGAGACGGCCUUCGAGUCUGGUCGACACACUCACUCCAACAGCCCAGAUCUCCUGCCAGCUGUCGGCUCGUGACCUCAGCACCACCAGCAGUGCCAUGGACACGGCUGGUCUGACCCUGGACCCCGAGAGCUGCCCGUACUGCGCCAAGAUCCUGGCCAAUGAAUUGGAGGGUGGCACAGAGGGCAACGAGACGCCUGGAGACUCUGAUAGUGAUGGGGUCUACGAGUUCACCCAAGACCUCCACCACAGGGACAGGAGAGACAGCCGGCAGCCCAGAAAGAAGGGCCAAAGGCUGGGAAAAACCGCCGCCAAGGCCGUCCACUUCUGGAGACUGGUGUGCGACACAUUCAGGAAGAUUGUGGACAGCAAAUACUUUGGCCGAGGGAUUAUGAUCGCCAUUCUAAUUAAUACUCUAAGCAUGGGGAUUGAAUAUCAUGAGCAGCCUGAAGAGUUGACCAAUGCCCUGGAGAUCAGUAACAUUGUGUUCACAAGCCUGUUCUCCCUGGAGAUGCUGCUGAAGGUUUUAGUCUAUGGGCCCUUUGGCUAUAUCAAGAACCCCUACAAUAUCUUUGAUGGAAUUAUUGUGGUUAUCAGUGUAUGGGAGAUCGUGGGUCAGCAAGGUGGGGGUCUUUCAGUGCUGAGGACCUUCCGGCUAAUGAGGGUUCUGAAGCUGGUCCGUUUUAUGCCAGCCCUGCAGAGGCAGCUGGUGGUGCUGAUGAAGACCAUGGACAAUGUGGCCACAUUCUGCAUGUUGCUUAUGCUCUUCAUUUUCAUCUUCAGUAUCCUGGGGAUGCAUUUGUUUGGUUGUAAGUUUGGAUCAGAGAGGGAUGGAGACACCCUGCCAGACAGAAAGAACUUUGACUCUCUUCUGUGGGCCAUAGUGACUGUAUUCCAGAUCCUAACCCAGGAGGACUGGAACAAAGUGCUGUAUAACGGCAUGGCCUCCACCUCUCCUGUAGCUGCUCUCUACUUCAUCGCACUAAUGACCUUUGGCAAUUACGUCCUCUUCAACUUGUUAGUGGCCAUCUUGGUUGAGGGAUUCCAAACAGAGGAAGUGUCCAAGCGGGAGGACUUGCAUGCCCAGCUGAGUAUAAUUCAGCUGCCUGUAGACUCAGGGGGUGAUGCUUCUAAAGCAGGUUCGGAGAUUGAUUCUGUUGCACGAAGUUUGGAGGAUGUGAACGGCAGCAAGAAGGAUUUGUCGGCCUCUGCAGUUAACGGUCAUGUGGAAAUGAAGAACAGCCUGACGCCACCACUCAUUACCCACACUGCUGCCACCCCAAUGCCCGUACCCAAGUUACCGGUGGGAGGGGACCCCACCCUGGGAUACGAGUCCCGUCGAGGCAGCAACGUCUCCAUAGACCCAGCCUGCUUUGACAAAUCACCGACCAGCGCCCGCAGUACGUCCCCCCAAGCCCCCUGGAGCCGCAGAUCCAGCUGGAACAGUCUGGGUAGAGCACCAUCGUACAAACGGCAGAAACGGCAGUCUGGUGAGCGGCGGUCGCUCUUAUCCGGGGAGGGCAACACCAGUUCCGAAGAUGGGGAAGACGGAGGAGAGGGUGGGGGUGGGCUCAUGGAGGAAGAUGACGUAUCCCUAGCCAGGACUGACUCUAUGUCCCAGCCACAGAGUGGGCCCCGACACAGGAGGAUGGAGUCGGUGGAGACUCGGAGCUCCAUGGAUUUGCCCUCUGAUGCACUGCUGCAGGUGCCCCACAUGUACCGCUCAGCCAGCAUGCACAGCUCCAGACCCCCUUCCCUGGGCCACUUACGACCCCCAGAACACAGUGACUGCAACGGGAAGGGGUCAGUCAUUGGCCCCACGAAUGUCUCUUUGGAGGAAAACACUGAAGAUGAGAAUGUAGAUGAGGAAGCCAACAUGAAUCGUGUUGCCAGGAUGUUACGCUGGUUGGAGAAAAAACAGCCUGAAUGGUGUCGACAGAGAGACACCUGGUCACUCUACCUCUUCCCCCCGGAGUCAAGGUUUCGGAUUCUGUGCAAUAAGAUCAUCACCCACAAGAUGUUUGACCACGUCGUACUGGUCAUCAUCUUCCUCAACUGCAUCACCAUCGCCAUGGAGAGGCCUCGCAUUGAUCCCACCAGCGCUGAGCGGAUCUUCCUGACGUUGUCCAACUACAUCUUCACAGCAAUCUUUGUGGCUGAGAUGACCGUAAAGAUUGUGGCCCUGGGCUGGUUCUUUGGGGACAAGGCUUAUCUGAGGAGCAGCUGGAACAUUCUGGACGGGAUGCUGGUCAUGAUUUCUGUCAUUGACAUCCUGGUGUCGCUGAUUUCCAACUCGGGAACCAAGAUUCUGGGCAUGCUCAGGGUGUUGAGGCUGCUGAGGACUCUGAGGCCGCUACGUGUGAUCAGCAGAGCCCCAGGGCUGAAGCUGGUGGUGGAGACACUGAUGUCAUCACUGAAGCCUAUCGGCAACAUCGUGGUCAUCUGCUGUGCCUUCUUCAUUAUCUUUGGCAUCCUUGGAGUACAGCUUUUUAAGGGAAAGUUCUUCGUUUGUCAAGGAGAAGAUGUGAGGAACAUCACAAAUAAGUCAGACUGUUUGCAAGCCAGCUAUAAAUGGGUCAGGCACAAGUACAACUUUGACAACUUGGGACAGGCCUUGAUGUCUCUCUUUGUACUGGCCUCAAAAGAUGGCUGGGUGGACAUCAUGUAUGAUGGACUUGAUGCUGUAGGAGUUGACCAACAACCAGUAAUGAACUACAACCCAUGGAUGCUGCUUUACUUCAUCUCCUUCCUCCUGAUCGUUGCCUUCUUCGUGCUCAACAUGUUUGUGGGUGUGGUGGUGGAGAACUUCCACAAGUGUCGCCGCCACCAGGAGGCUGAGGAGGCCAAACGCAGAGAGGAGAAGAAACUGAAACGCAUGGAGAAAAAGAGACGGAAUUUAAUGGUUCCGGGGGUGAGUUGGGCCCUCUCUGACGGCACGUUGAAAGAAGCUCAGAGUAAGCCUUACUACUCAGACUACUCCCCCACCCGCCUGCUCAUCCACAAGAUGUGCACCAGCCACUACCUGGACCUGUUCAUCACCAUCGUAAUAGGGCUCAACGUCAUCACCAUGUCCAUGGAGCACUACAAGCAACCACAGGAGCUGGAUGAUGCGCUGAAGAUCUGCAACUACAUCUUCACUCUCAUUUUUGUCCUGGAGUCUGUCUUCAAGCUGGUGGCCUUUGGCUUCCGUCGCUUCUUCAAGGACAAGUGGAACCAGCUGGAUCUGGCCAUUGUGUUGCUGUCCAUCAUGGGCAUCACUCUGGAGGAGAUUGAGGUCAACGCUUCACUGCCCAUCAACCCCACCAUUAUCCGGAUCAUGAGAGUGCUGAGGAUUGCAAGAGUGCUGAAGCUCCUGAAGAUGGCGGUCGGGAUGAGAGCUCUGCUGGACACUGUAAUGCAAGCCCUGCCUCAGGUUGGCAAUCUGGGUCUACUCUUCAUGCUCCUCUUCUUCAUCUUUGCAGCAUUGGGAGUGGAGCUGUUUGGUGACUUGAUUUGCGACGAGCUCCAUCCAUGUGAGGGUCUGGGCCGCUACGCGACAUUCAGAAACUUUGGGAUGGCAUUUCUGCUGCUCUUCAGAGUUUCAACUGGUGACAACUGGAAUGGCAUAAUGAAGGACACGCUGAGGGACUGUGCCCAAGACACCGGUACCUGCUACAACACUGUGGUUUCUCCCAUCUACUUUGUCUCCUUCGUUCUGACCGCCCAGUUUGUCUUGGUCAACGUGGUCAUUGCGGUCCUGAUGAAGCACUUGGAGGAGAGCAACAAGGAAGCCAAAGAGGAGGCAGAGCUGGAGGCAGAGUUGGAACUGGAGCUCCAGAUGGAUGCAGGGGACAUGGCAGCAAGGUCACCCCAGCUAAACCCUUUGGCCCUGUGUAUGGACAGGUCGAGCUCUGGGGGUUCCCCCUGGAGGUCUGCAGGAGGUGUGGACAUGGAGCAGGAGAGGGAAGGUCCUAUGGAUUCACCCACUGCUGACAUAACCAGAGACUGUAUAAACAUCAGCGCAGAACCCCCCUCAUGUCCAGAGCCCCAAGUAGAGUUUGUCCAACGGAGACCGCUGUUUGACUCGGUGUCCCUGGUCAUCCAGGGUUCAAUGGAAUGGGAUUUGAGUUUGAUGGACAACCUGUCUGGCUCUAUCUGCCACUACUACGCCCUGCCCCCCAAGCCCAACAAGCACAGCACCGACAAGAAGAUCCCUCUAGCGGAGAUGGAAGCUCUGUCUCUGGCCUCUGAGAAAUCCUGGUCCCUAGCUCUGACUGACGACUCGGCCCCCGACGAUUUUAACCCCCUCUUUCUAACCAGUCUGGAAUGCAAUCCGGAGCAGCUCUGUUCUGGGGAGCCACUGAAAGAAAAUCUGCUGAGUGUCAGAAAACCGGCGGUGGGACGCACCCACUCCCUUCCCAACGACAGCUACAUGUUCUUCCCCCUGCAGCCCUAUGGGCCCACUCUUCCGGCUCCUGCACAGUUUCCUGCACAGUCACAAGGGCCCCACAUACUGGGCAUCCACAGGGCCCAGUCAGGCUCCAGUGGUUCGGUGCAUUCACAGCCUGAGGAGUUUUCCCAGCAACUGACUGUUCCCACAGACUUCUUCAGACCCAUCAGCCCCCACAGCCACUCAGACUCCGAGAGUAUACCACGACAACCCCCUCCCAGACGCACACACACAUUCAGCCGCACGCUCCGCAGACAGGUUGCCGUAUCCACUGAUUCUCAGGAGGCCCUUUGUUCAGAUGGAGGGGAGAGCAGUGAAGGACUUGUGAAUGUGGCCUCUUUGGGCAUCCCUCCAUCCCCCUCCUCCUCUUCGUCAUCCUCCUCUCCCUCCUCCUUCUCCCAUCAUCUUCAUCAGAAGCAGCAGCCAACUCUCUGCCUGGUCCCCGCCACGCCAGGCGCCUCCCCAAAACUCCUGCGCCCCAGCAGCGUGCACACCCAGCACCAUGACCAGCACUGCCUCGCCUCCUACUCAUCCUCAUCCACCUCCUUGCCUCCUCCACCCCUACCAGCCAGACCACAGCAGCAGCAGCAGGUGGAGGAGGUGUCCGAGGAUCAGGAGGUGUCGCUUAUUACCUGUGCAGAGUUGGCUGGCAGCAACGACAUGGUGGAGGACGGCAGCAGUAGCGGUAACCAGGGUUACAGCAGAUACGAAGACUGCCAGGAGAGUCAUAGUUCAUGUUGGAGGCAGCUGAAGAGGUUCCACAGCAUGGACACACAGGGGCGUAGCACCCACUUGCCCCGCCCCCGCCCUUACUCCUGGCUAGAUGACCCCCGGCGCCAUUCGGUCGAAGUGUGCUCGGCAGUGGAGUCCAGCCCGCAGCGCAGCACCGCCUCUACGUCCUCUGGAUUUGUAUCACAGGCCGACAGCCUGCAGAUUCAAAGCCAGACCCCCACCCAGACCUCAUUACCCUCUCCCCGCCGCAAGAAGAAGAUGAGCCCACCCUGCAUAUCUGUUGACCCUCCAGAUGGACUUGAGCCCCAGUGUGGCCUCUACCCAAGCCUUGGGGGGUUGGGAAUGCCCCCUCCUCUGCCCAGCAGGGACACCUGCCUGAGAAGGAGAGCACCCUCUAGUGACUCCAAGGACUCACUUGACCUGGGAAUGGGAGAGGGUUCAGGACAAGAUGGAGGCUCACCCAACCCCAAGUUAUUAACUCUUCCCAGCUUCUCCUUUGAGAAAACAAACUCUGAGCACUGAACACUGAUACUCCAAACCUACACAAACAUACACACAUCUACACACACAUACAACCGGAUGAACCUAACAUAUGCGCACACAAACACACGAUGCACGUUGUGUAUCUGUGAUGGUGAUAGUUCUAGUAAUAAUGCUGUAGAAAGUAAUAAUGGUGAAACUACAACAAACAGUAAAAACAUCCUUGGUUUCAUGAGGAGUGUGGUACUGUAGUAGUGUGACCAUCCCUUGUCUUUGUAUUGUUACUGCCAAAACAACCAGUGAAGAAGAAGCGAACACCUGAAACAACAAACAUGACUAUUUAUCUUCUGAAACACCUGCAUGCCAUCGGCUGCAGCUCGACCUCCCCUUCCCCACGAACCUCUGGGGCAACAUCAGCACCUGGGAUUUGGCGCCCUCUGUGGUCGCCGUCAGAACUUCCCGGUUGUUUCACAGGGUGGACCUGGACAGUGGAGGUACAAAGCAAUAUGAACGUUUUAGAGACACUAUUUUCUUAAAUUAUUGGGCCAUAGUGUUUGUACAGGACAUAGUUUUUUUAUUUUGUUCAACUGUUAUUUCACGUCUUUUUUGUGACUUUUUUUUUCUUUUCUUUCGUUUUUGGUCAAAAAUGGUUUGUCUUUGUCUCUUUUUCACUGUAGGAUAUUUCUAGCUUUCUUGGUUUACUGAGGAAAGUGAACAUUUUUCAAAGUGCUGAAAACCAUGUAUUUGUAGGAAUAAUAUAUAAAUCU